CUCAACGAUGAGAGAGAGAGAAAGCUAGCGAGAGCGACAGGGAGCUAAGUGGAGUACCCUUGCGGGGACGGAUCUUAUUCGGAUGAAAGCUAACAAGCGAAAGAACAGACAGCACUAUAUGCUUAGUUUAGGUGCACAGUCGUAGGGGAUGGAAGGGGAGGGAAUCAGAAUAAAUGACCUAGAGGUGAAAGAUGAGAGAAAGGAUAGGAAAACAAUUGUAUUGGGCAUCAGAACAGACUCCAAGAGCAGAGAGCUACUCACCUGGACUCUCGUCAACGUCGCUAUCUCCGGUGAUCGCGUCGUCGCCAUUCACGUUCACCGCUUAUCCUACCCCUUUGAUGGUUCAGACCAAUACGUGGACAAGUUGGAGCCGAUGCGCAGAGCUUAUGAAGGUUUCUGCAGCCUAAUACAAAUAGAUUUGGUUAUAAAGAUUUGCAGAGGCUUCUCCGUCCGCAGGACUUUGGUUCAACAGGCCAAAUCUUACUCUGCCUCUUAUUUAAUCCUGGGAGAAACCAAAAGCAGUAAUGCAAUUAGGUUUUCGUUGACUUCAAUCCCUAAAUACUGUGCUACGAGGCUGCCACCUGAGUGUUCCGUUGUUGCAGUGAACAAUGGAAAGAUUGUUUUCGGAAGAGGAGCUGUAGUUUUAGUGAAGAGGAGGGUGACUGGGCACGAUGGAAAAACAUCUAACUUUCUCCUGCUGCAUAGGAAGAGUUUGAGGGGAGAUCCAUUAGAUUGUUUGUUGGAUAUUAAAGGCCAGGAAGAUGCAAUGGUGGAGAAGUGCUCUGUGUGCGGUACUGUUCCUGGGACGCCUUGUUCUUCAAAUGUGAUGGCUGAUGGGUGCCUGCUGGAUUCCAAAUCAGAUGCUCCAAUAUGCUCAAAUUCUUCGGUUGCAGUUGGCAUUCAAGAGCCAACUGAUGAGGUUGUAUCAAGCUGGUCAAUUGCCAGAAGAACAAUGUCAAACCAUAGGAGGACUAUAUCCAUGGAGGGAUCCAGAACACCAUUGGUUCAGUUAGCAAAGUGGAUUUCUGGUCGGUCUACCACAUGUUCACCUAACCGUUCUGUUGGUAAGCAUAGAAGAUCUGAUACAUUUACAGCUUGUAGCCUUUACAAGGAAGACAGUUUAUCCCCAUUCUUUAUUGAAGAGAGCAACCUACGAAUCAAUAGAGAAUAUAUGCAAGAGAACUAUUCAUUGUGGUGGAAAUACUUCAGCUAUGUUGAGCUUAUGCAAGCAACUUGCAACUUCUCAGUUGACAGAGUGAUUGGAAAAGGUGGAAGCAGCCUUGUUUAUAAAGGCAUACUUUCAGAUGGAAAAGAGUUAGCUGUAAAGGCCUUGAAACCAUCUAAAGAUUCAAUGCGACAGUUUGUUUUGGAAAUUGAUAUCAUCACCACUUUGAACCACGAAAACAUUAUUUCCUUGCUUGGGUUUUGUUUGGAGGACAACAAUUUGUUACUAAUCUACGACUUCAUGUCAAGGGGUUCCUUGGAAGAGAUCCUUCAUGACUCAGAAGAGCACAAGCGUUCACUCAAUUGGUGUGACAGAUAUAAAAUCUCUAUUGCUGUCACUGAGGCACUCAAAUACUUGCAUGGCUAUGGUGGAACCGAACCAGUGAUUCACAUGGAUGUAAAAUCGUCAAACAUUCUAUUAUCUGAGGAUUUUGUACCAAAGCUCUCAGAUUUUGGACUUGCUAGACGCUCAACCGAAUCAGUUUCUCACAUAUCAUGCAACAAUCUUGCCGGGACGUUUGGGUACUUGGCACCGGAGUAUUUUAUGUUCGGACAGGUCAGUACAAAAACUGAUGUGUACGCCUUUGGUGUUGUGCUUCUUGAACUCCUUUCAGGAAGGAGACCCAUCAACUCUAUGGGUAUCAAGGGUGAUCAAAGCCUAGUAAUGUGGGCUAUGCCAAUCCUACAAAGUGGGAAAUAUCAAGAAUUGAUGGAUCCAAGAUUGGAUGGUAAAUACGAUGUUGAACAAAUGGAGUGGAUGGCUCUCGCUGCCUCUCUCUGCCUCAAAAGGGAUUCCCAAUCUCGACCCACAAUGCCCUAUGUCUUGAAGCUCCUGCAUGGAGACAAAGAUUCGGUGAAGUGGGCGAAAUCGCUGGUUGAUUCAGGAAACUCUAUUAACUCGGAGGAUGAUGAUCAAACCUUCAUUCCUGAUAUUAAAUCCCAUCUAAACGUAGUUCUGCUUAAUUCAGAGGUUGGUUCUCCAUCUGCAAGCAGUAAUGAGCUUUUGCCAGGCUUUACAACUGAUGGUACUUUCGUGGAGGAUUACUUGCUUGGAAGAAUAACUCGGGCUUCCAGCCUCGAUUGACUAAUUCUUUAUAAAUUUGGUUCUUCAACUUUUUUUUUUUUUUCAACUUGUAGUUGUAGGCUUCAAGUGUUCAAUUUGAUGUCAAUUACUUUGAUUUUAUUUUUUGUUAUUUAUUUAUUAUUAUUUUUUAUUAAAGAAUGCUCCAACGAAAAACGGGUUACAUCU